CAGAAAGAAAGAAGGAAAAAAGGCAUAGCAGACUUGUUGCACACCAUGGUGACUUCAAAAGAGGAGACCACAAGCGUUGUAAUAACACAAGAAGACAGAGAAGCUGCGGAAACAUUAAUAAAACUAAGCCAAGAUACUCGAUAUCAGCCAGUAGAAGAAGAAGAUGCAGCUCCAUCGUCGACUCUAUUAUUACAACAAUGUAAAGCUAAAGAGAAACAGCAUUCGAAGAAGGAUGAUAAAAUAUCUAUGGAGAGUACAAAAGGGAAGACAGAGGUAGACGAUACCGAGGAAACCCUAAUGAUUCUUCAGGAAUGGAGCCACACCAAGCCCGACCCGGUGGAGAAAAUAUUCAGCGGUGAUGCUGACGUGGCGGAGCUAUUCAGCGAACCGAUAAAGAAGCAGCUGACAAUGAGCGACGUGGAGAAUGGUCAAUGCAGGCUCAUGUUAGGGAAGCAGCAAGUGCAGAAGAAGAUGCAUCCUCUUUUAGAACAUUCUGAGAUUCCGCUAGGGACUGAGGGGCUUGAUGUUUCGGUGUACGGAUCAAACGGGGAGGUUCAAACGAUGAAGUUCAAGAUGUGGGGCGAGGACACGCCUGUGUUGACCUCGGGGUGGAAAGACUUCGUGGACAAGUAUGACCUCGAGAAGCAUCGUGAUUUUCUCACUAUUUGGAUGUUUAGGCAUAGAGUCACUCGUGGGAUUUGCUUUGCUAUUGACAGUACUAGUUUUUCUGUAACGGGGCCUCUGAGUUCGAGGAUCUCGAAGUCUGUCUUUCCGAAUCCAAAUUAAUUAGGGUUUUUAGUCGUUUGUGUUUUUUGUUUUUUUUUUUUUUUGUUUUUUUUUUGGUAAUUAGAAGAGAGGAUAGUACAAAAGAGA